ACAGACAGAAUACUUAACAGUGAAUUACACAGGAAGAAGAAGAAAAAGAAAAAGAAGUAUACAAGCAUGCGAUCUACGAGGAGGAGGAGGAGGAGGUUCCAUUGAUAGAAGAAAAAGAAAAAAGAAAAAUUACAUAGAGUAAAACUCAUUGGGCCCGUCAGACAUAUCAAUGGCCCAAAAAAGCCUUCGAUCCGAAGAUUUGACCCGGAUAAUCUGUUUUGCUGGUUGGACCCAUUUCAAACUUGUUCACUACACUCAAAUGUAAGUUCCUGUUCCUACUUUGCACUUCUGACUGCAACUGCUUGAGAUCACAGUCAGCUUCAUUCGAGUUCAGUACAUGCAAUUUUGGUGAAACUGGUCGACUUAGGUUAAAUAUGGACGGAGAGGAACUGACAGAGCAGGAGACUGCAUUGUACGAUCGUCAAAUUAGGGUUUGGGGUGCUGAUGCUCAACGAAGACUGACCAAAUCUCACAUAUUAGUCUAUGGAAUGAAAGGGACUGUUGCUGAGUUCUGCAAGAACAUUGUAUUAGCAGGGGUUGGUAGUUUGACACUAGUCGAUGACCGUGCUGUCACUGAAGAUGCAUUAUCUGCUAACUUUUUGAUACCGCCGGAUGAGAAUGGUUGUGCUGGUAAAACAAUUGCUGAGCUUUGUUGCGAUUCUUUGAAAGAAUUCAAUCCAAUGGUUCGUGUUUCGGUUGAGAGAGAUUCCCAAAUUCCAGGUGAUUUGUCAGGCUUCAGUGAAGACUUCUUUGAUAAGUUUGAUGUCGUAGUUGUCAGUUGCUGCACCCUUGCGACUAAAAAAUUGAUCAAUGAGAAGUGCCGCAAGUUAGCAAAGCGUGUAGCAUUUUAUACAGUUGAUUGCAGAGAUUCUUGUGGUGAGAUUUUUGUUGAUUUGCAGAAGUAUCUAUAUGCAAAGAAAAAGGUAGAUGAAACCACAGAAUGUGAACUGCAAUACCCAAGUUUUCAGGAAUCAAUUUCAGUACCUUGGAAAACACUUCCCAGGAAAGUGUCAAAGCUUUAUUUUUCUAUGAGAGUGAUAGAAAGGUUCGAAGAGGCUGAGGGACGUAAGCCAGGUGAAAUUUAUAUUAAGGAUCUUCCUGCUGUUCUCAGCCUGAAAAAGGAACUUUGUGAGGCACAGUCUCUGAGUGAAUCUCAUAUUCCUAAUGCCCUCCUGGAAAGAUUAGUGAUGGGUGGAAGAGAAUUCCCUCCAGUUUGUGCCAUCAUAGGAGGAAUCCUUGGACAGGAGGUCAUUAAAGUGAUAUCAGGCAAAGGUGAUCCCCUCAAGAAUUUCUUCUUCUUUGAUGCUAUGGAUGGAAAAGGAAUAAUAGAGGACAUAAUACCUGCUGACCAGUGAAUUAAGCAGCAGCUUGUUUCUAAUGGGCAUCUAUUACUCGUCUCCCAUGCGGGAAAUUUUAAACUGACAAUCUCCUUCACCAGAAGAAAUUAACCCAAAGCUAGAAGUUGACACCUAGGACAAUUGUAUUUAUUAACAGGUUUCUCAGCAUGUUUUGAACAUAGGCUUUUUGCUGAUGAAUCUCUAAGAUAUUGCUUGGACGCUUUGUGACUAUUUAGUAAUCUUACUAUGUUGUUGCAACAUAUAUAUUAUAUUGAAGUCUUCAAUAACAGAGUUGCCAAACAGCUAUUCAUGA